CUCCUCCCCCUCUCUGUUUUCAGUCGGUGCGGUCAGUGUUGUGUGCGUCAGUGUGUGUGUUCAGUCAGUGGUAUGGCGUCUUUCUGCCUCCUGCUGCUCAGCACUGCGCUGCUCCACGCCGCCCAGCCUCUACCUGCAGGUCGCGGCGGGGGGCGUGGCCUGGAUGUCUCUGUGGGCGAAGCCAGACGGCAGCGCAGAGACCUCCCUAACCUGCUGCCCUAUGAGGACCGGAUGAUGUCAUAUCCCACCUCUCAGGGAGGAGGAGGAGCCAAUGACCCAUACUACCAAACAGAUGACUGGAGAGGGCGGGGCUUGGACCAGGCCCUGCAGCGAUUGGUGGAGAGGGACCAGAGACGGGUUCAAGAGGAGGAGCAGCGAGCAGCGUACCUUUCGUCUCUGCUCCGCCUACUGAGCGAGGCGGAGAGCGCCGGAUUGGUCAACCCAGGUGACGUUGAGGUGGUGGAGGAAGAAGAGGAUGAGGAGGAUGAUCAGGAGACACCUGGAGACUUCCAGGGCCCUGCCCCUCCAGACUACGAUGAGACAGGGGGGCGGGGCCUGAGCAUGGGGAGGCCCCCUGCUGCCUGGUGGGGCCUCCUGGAGCCCCAGUUAGCUCAGGCCCUGCUGGACAGGAUGGAGCCUCAGGUGGCUCAGAAUCUGCUGGAGAGAGCGAGACAGGAGAGACUCCGUCAGGCCGGUCGACUUUCAUCAGGAGCAAGCCGAGCAGGAGAGCAGGAGGCUCUGAGACGUCUGGUUGCUAAGUUACUGUCCAAUAUUGGCCCUGACAGCGGCGCUGUGAUGUCAUCUGGCCGCAGAAUGAGGAGGGACGUGUCCUUCACGUCACCUGAACCCAUAAGCUCCUCCCACAGAAGAACCCGACGUUCCCUUGACGACUUGGCUCCUCCGUCGCCCAGCGAUGACCCCCCUCUGCUCAGAGUGAAGAGGCUGGAUGAUGUCGAGGAGGAUGAGGAUAAGCUCCGCCCCGCCGCCGCCGGGCUGCAGAGGAUGAAACGCAUUGAUACCAUGGCAACCCCUGACAUGGAAGAACUGAAUCAUGGGAGUCGUAGGCGCCGGAGGAGAGCUGUCCUGAACUACGACCCCCAGAUACUGAUUGAUCAGAUUCUAGAUUACAUGAGGGAGUAAGAGGAGAGGAAAGGAAAGGAGAAGAAAGGAAAGUAAGAGAGGAAGGGAAGAAGGAGGAGAGGAGACAAGGAAAGGUGAGGUGAGGAGAGAAAACAGAUGAAGGAGAGGAAACAAGGAGAGGAAGUGUAGGAGGAGAUAGAGCAGAUGGAGGGAUGAGGAGAACGUAUAUUUUGUUGUAUUCUAACAUGAUUUUUUGUGUCUAUUUUGAUCGUUUAUUAUUUUGCUGCUUUUGUGAAAACGUGUCUGAUCAGUUGUUUAUCGUUAUCGUGGCGAGAAGACGUGAUGGAGGACUGAGAGGAACAGAGAUAAUAUCCUUGAAAGUUUCCUGAACUUGACAACAUAAUCUGGUACUAAUCAUGGGAACAAAUGAGGAGGACAAACAGCAUGCAUGUUUAAAAAGAGAAGCUGUUGACGUUCUAUCAUUAAUGUAAUUAUGUGAAAAUCAUUAUAAAUAUUAUUUUAUCUUCUGAUGAAUAUAUUUAAUGAAUAUCAGAAUACCACAGAAUUGAAGACUGGAUUUAAGACAUUUCAAGUGUAAAAAAUCGUGUCAUCUGCAUAGAGACGCACAGUCAAUACAGAAAAAAUAAGUGGUCGGAGUACCGUUGUUUGGGGGACGCCUUUCUCUACUUUAACUUGUGUUCAAUCUCUGAACCCAUCUGCUAUCGUCUGAUAACGAUGUAUGCCUCCGGGAGCGACACUGACCAUCUCUGAAUAUCCGGUUUAGCUAGCAGUUAGCGUUAAACACCUUCCAGCGCAGUGAGAAUUCCUUUUCCGUGCGCUGCAUAGUUUACAGAACAGGUAACAACUCG